UGUCCGCGCGGCAGCGAGAUGAGCGGGGCAGGGUCUGCGGGCACGGCCGGAGGGCUGCGGGUAGAGGGGCUGCCACCGCUACCAAAAAGCCUGAGCGGGCUGCUGCACUCGGCGGCCGGCGGCGCGGCGGGCGGCUGGCGACACCUGGAGCGGCUGUACGCGCAGAAGUCGCGCAUCCAGGACGAGCUGAGCCGAGGGGGCGCGGGCGGCGGCGGGGCGCGGGCUGCGGGGACCCGGACCAAGCCCCCCAACCUGGACGCCGCGCUGGCGCUGUUGCGCAAGGAGAUGGUUGGCCUGCGACAGCUGGACAUGUCCUUGCUCUGCCAACUGUACAGCCUCUAUGAGUCCAUUCAGGAGUACAAGGGAGCGUGCCAGGCAGCCUCCAGCCUGGACUGCACCUAUGCUCUGGAGAACGGCUUCUUCGAUGACGACGAGGACUUCCAGGAGCAGAGCUCGCUCCGAGAGGGCCAGGGCCGAGGCCCUCCCCGGGACUUGUCACUGCCUGUGAGCCACCUCUCCGGCAGCGACUGGAUUCUGGGGUCUAUCUAGCACCCCCGGAGUCCAUCAACACAGACAGACCCACAGCAUCUGUUUCUCUUCUUGCAAGAAAGCCCGUCAGCCUCUCCAUGGUGGACGGUUCAUGGGCACGGGGGACUGGUGCCUCCAGUCUAACUUGUGGGUUUGUUGACAAGUGAGACAGCCUGCUCAGUUGGCUGCAGGGUCUUCCCGGUGACCUAGAGGCCUGUUAGCAUAUCCCUCGCCCCCUGAGUGGCACCUGCUGGAGGCUGUGACAGAAGGGUUCCAUGUGGAAAGCCGUCAUGGGCCUUCUGGGGGAGCUUGCUCUCAGCCAGCUUCUUUGUAGGUGGCAGGCAUGUUGUACCCCCUUUGUUUAGGAAUGCCACGCUGAUGUGUGAGAUGUGGAAACCAUUUCCCCGCCCGGAGUCUUCAUCUUUUCUUGCUGCCACUGAGCUGUUAGCUUCUUUGCUCAGAUUUCUUUGAAAGUUGCGUCACUGAGUCGGGAGAGCUUUCUAGAAGGAGGAAAUAUUCUGCCACUCUGGUCAGCCACUUUUCUGCAACUACCAAAACUGACAUCCGGCAAAGGGAAAGGGGAAGAACUUGAACGAAUACACACUGAAUGGAGAGAGAAAACCUGGGACACCAUGAGUGACUGUUGACGGCUACUGUAGACUGCCGUGCUGGAAAGCAGUCCUUCCAAGCCUUAAUCUAUUUAUUAAAACUCUUUCACGAGAGCGUCACACUGUCGGUUAAACAAGUGUCUCUUGCUGUGAUCGUUUUGUUCAGGUGUCUGGGGAUGUGGCUCAGUGGGUCAGGUGAGCCCCUAGCAUGUAUGAGGCCUGGGAUUUGACCUUAGUAUCAUGUCAGCUGGGCAUGGUGGUAUGUGCCUGUAACCCCAGGACUGAGGUGGAGGCAGGAGGAUUAGAAGUUCAAGGUGAUCCUUGGCAACACAGCGUUCAGGGCCACUUUGGGCUACCCUUUCUCAAACAAAACAAAAAUCAUAUUCUGAAUUCACAACCGGCAUGUGAGUCCAAUACAACACAUACUGAAAUAAAGUUAAGACUUUUUUGGCCAUUAAGUGAAUUUUAGGAGGUAGAUUUAUUUCUCUGUUAAGCUUGGACAGUUGUCUCAUUGGUACCGGACCACAUUUACACCAAGAUUUCACCUGGUUUAUCGGAGCACGCCAGGUUCCUUCCACCUCUUUUGGUGAGCAGACUUCUCACCAGUGCCCUCUGGAGUCCAGCAAAGGAAGUGCAAUUUAGCAAGUGUGUGACCCUCUCCAGGGCACCAGCGACAAAGCAAAGGAUUACACAAAAGUCCACCUUGGCAAACCGACAAGCUUGUUGAUGUUACUCACUGGCCUGCGUGAUCCCCAGACAGCUCCAUCAUCACAAAGUCCCUCUCCAGGAUGGUCGAUGAGCUUCCCGUAGGUGUGCAGAGGACGGUCCUCUUUCCCCACGCCGUCCCAGCAGCUAACUCUUACACACUCUACCCUCUCACCUCCGAGACCAGACCAGGAGACCAGCUGUGACAGCUGUUCCCAUCAAGAUGACAGUGGCUGUGUGCUUGGAGGACUGUGUGCUGGUUACUUUGUCAACACAAGCUUGAGUCAUCUGGGAAGAGGGACUGUCAAUCAAGGAAUUUUCUCCAUCAGACUGGCCUGUAGGCAUUAUCUGGGAUGUUUUCUGAUUGAUGAUUGGUGUGGGAGGGCCCAGGCUACUGUGAGGGGUGCUACCCUGGGCAGGUGGUCCUGAAUAGGAAGGUAGUUGAUUAAGUCAGAGGGGUCAAGCCAGUAAGCAGCCUUCUUCUACAGUCUGUGCUUGCCCUGAUGAUGAACUAUUAAGUGUAAGAAGAAAUAAACCCUUUCCUCUCCCAAGAUGUUUUUGGUCAGGGUUUUACCAUAGCAACAGAAAGUCAGCUAAGACAGGCUGCAUUUAGUUACACAACAACCCAUGCAUUAGCCUGUCUAUGCUGAGGGACUAUUAGACAGAGGAAGACGAGUGUCCCUGCUCAGUGUGUCUGCUGGCCGUAGUCAAAGGGAAGGGGUGUGUGUGUGAGUGCCACCAGCCCGUGACAGUGGUUCAGACAGGACGAGAAGUUGAAAGCAGAAAAUUUAGUCACCUGUGAGGCUAAGUCCUGCUUAGCUAUGAGAUAGAACUUAGGUCGGCUACUCUCAGUCCUGACUGCAUUAAGGUCACAUGGAGAGCGUUGGGAAGAGCUUCAGAAGCAGUGCCCCACCCCAAAUCUGGAUCUUAGAUGCUGGGGGGUCAUA